AAUCACAAUAAGGAAACUAUCCCCAAAGAUGAGCUUCGCAUGUAAAAUCUUAGCCAGCUUCCUUCUGAUUUUCAUCUUUUCUAUCAAAGGUGCAGCUUCUACAACCAUCUCUGGGGUCCUGCAUCAUGCCGUCAAUCUGGACAUUCAUGAUUUAAAAAUGAAUGAUAAUAUAGAUGAUAUACAAUGGAAAAAAGAGAAAACCUGGAUUGCACGAUUCAACAAAGGCAAAAUAGAUGUAUUUAAGAAAGAGAAAGAAUACCAACUAUUUAACAAUGGAACUCUGAAAAUUAAAAAGCUGCAGAGAAACAAUAGUGGUGACUACAAUGUAUAUGUAUAUGAUAGGGAUGGAAAAGAAGUGUUGAACAAAAGAUUUAAUUUGAAGAUUCUAGAGAAGGUCUCAAAACCUGUGAUCAGCUGGGGUUGUACCAACUUAACCAUUACCUGUGAGAUAACACAAGGAACUGACCCUAAAUUAACACUGUAUGAAAAUGGGAAAAACAUCAAAGAAGGUCAGAAAGUCAUCGUGCACAAGUGGACCACCAAACCAACUGUAUCAUUCAAGUGCACAGCAACUAACACAUUCAGUGAGGAGACCAGCAUGGCGGACGUCAGGUGCUCAGAGGAUGGUCUGGAUAUCUACACAAUCAUUGGCAUAUCUGGAGGAGGCUUGCUCUUCUUGCUCAUCGUGGGACUUCUCAUUCUCUUUAUCAGCAAGAGGAAAAAACAGCACAGAAGGACACAUGGUGAGGAACUGGAUAUCAGAGCACACAGAAUAACCUCUCAGGAAAGAAGCCAGACGCCCCACCAAAUCCCAGCCUCAGGUCCUCAAAAUCCAGCCAUGUCCCAACUUCCUCCACCAUCUGGUCAUCGUCCCCAGGCACAUGGUCAUCGUCCCCCUCCUCCCGGCCACCGUGUCCAGCACCAGCACCAGCAGCAGAAGAGGCCUCUUCCUUCCCCUGGCACACGAGUUCACCAGCAGAAAGGACCUCCUCUCCCCAGGCCUCGAGUUCAACCAAAACCUCCCCGUGGGGCCACAGAAAACUCAUAACUGUCUUUUGGCAGAGCUGUCCCCAUCCUCUAAUUAAAAGGGAUAGAAACUGUCCCCUCCCAGAAAGGCACUGUGGAAUUCCUGCACUCUGGUGUGGAUGCCUGCAUUUCUGUCGACUGUGUCCUGUAAGUAGGGCAUCAUCGCCUCCCGAGCUCAUGGCCCACAGCCACACCUGCACACCUCAGCCACACGAUCUAACAGCUAGAGUCUCUGGCCUCCUCCUGAAAUGCCGCUGCACCAGGAAGGGAGAGGCAGCACAAGUGCAAUCAUUAGGAUGAUGGGUGACACAUCGCAGAACCCUAGAGCUCUCCUCGCCUCCCUGCAUGACAUCCAGCAGCCACUCUGCCUGUGUCUCAUUACCAGCCGCCUGCCUGUUCAAGAGACUUGGGUUUCUUAUGUGCCUGGUGGACACUUACCCACCAUCU